GCUUUAUUUUCUCUUUACUGUAAAACAAAAUAUUAAAAAUGUCAGGUCUUUACAUGCUCGAUUAUGGAGCAGGUAAUGUUCGUAGUUUAGUUAAUGCUAUUAACCAUUUGGGUUACGAUAUUACAUUCGUUAAAGACCCUUCUGACAUCGCCAUUGCGGAGAAACUUAUUUUCCCUGGUGUUGGUGACUUUGGUUUUGCCAUGCGUUCCUUGCGCACCAAGGGAUAUGCCGAUCCUUUAAAAGCAUAUAUUGCCUCUGGUAAACCAUUUAUGGGUAUCUGUGUUGGCAUGCAAACACUUUUUGAAGGUUCUGAAGAAAGCGACGAGCCUGGUUUGGGUGUCAUUCCUGGAAAAGCAGCUAAGUUCGACAACAGCACUAAGGCCGUUCCUCACAUGGGUUGGAACCACGCUCAAUUAGCUAAAGAGCUUAAACCUGAUCAACAAACUGCUGGCCAAGCUGUCGAUUUCAAUAUUGACGAAGAUAAGACUUACUACUUUGUUCAUUCUUAUGCUGCACGUUACAUUGAGGAAAAUAAGGAUUGGGUCUUAGCAACUGCUCAAUAUGGCGAUGAACUAUUCGUUGCUUCUGUUCAAAAGGAUAAUGUUUUUGCAACUCAAUUCCACCCUGAAAAGAGUGGUUAUGCAGGUGUUAAUAUUCUUAAAUCUUUCUUGACUGGCACUGGUAUUGUCGAUCAAAGCACAAUUAUUAUGAAAGAGCCCAUCAAGAAGACUAAAGAUACAUUUACUAAGCGUAUCAUUGCUUGUUUGGAUGUCCGUGCUAAUGAUAAUGGUGAUUUGGUUGUCACUAAGGGUGACCAAUACGAUGUACGUGAAACUGAAGGCAGCAACGAUGUUCGUAAUUUGGGAAAGCCUGUCGAGUUAGCCAAGCGUUACUUUGAGGAAGGUGCUGAUGAGAUUACCUUCUUAAAUAUCACUAGUUUCCGUAACUGUCCUUUAGGUGAUCUUCCUAUGCUUGAAGUACUGAAACGUACUUCUGAAACCGUCUUUGUUCCCUUAACUAUUGGUGGUGGUAUUCGUGAUGUCACUGACCCUGAUGGUACAGUUCAUCCUGCAUUUGAAGUUGCUGGCGAAUAUUUCCGUUCAGGUGCGGAUAAGGUAUCUAUUGGCAGCGAUGCAGUAUAUUGUGCAGAAAAGUUCUAUGCUGACGGUGGUAAGAAGACCGGAACCACAGCUAUUGAGACUAUCGCUGAAGCCUAUGGAUCUCAAGCAGUUGUUAUAUCUGUCGAUCCUCGUCGUGUUUACGUUAAAGAUCCCAGUGAAACUACCCACAGCACUGUCAAGAACUCCAAGGUCGGACCUAAUGGAGAGCAAUACUGUUGGUAUCAAUGUACUGUCAUGGGUGGACGUGAAGGACGUGAUAUGGAUGUUAUCCAAUUAGUUACUGCAUGUGAGAAAUUGGGCGCUGGUGAAAUUUUAUUAAACUGUAUGGAUCGUGAUGGUACUAACUCUGGCUUUGAAUUGGAGUUGAUUGAUUCAGUCCGUAAAGCUGUUUCAAUUCCUGUCAUUGCAUCCAGUGGUGCAGGUAGAGUUGAAGAUUUUGUUGAGGUGUUUGAAGAAACAGGUGUUGAAGCCGCUUUAGCAGCUGGUAUUUUCCAUCGUCAUGAAGUACCUAUUCAAGCUGUUAAAGAAUUUGUUAAAGAAUCUGGCGUACCUGUCAGACCUAUUGAUACAAUGAUUUUGUAAAUAAAACAUAACCCCUCCCCUUCUCCCUUUAACCCUUUUUUUUGAAAUAAAAGUGUACUCUAUAUAAUUAUAA